GGGGAGAAAGAGAGAGAGAGAGAGAAAGGGAGAUGGAAUUUGAAUAAAAUCUGUAGUUGAGUUAAAAAUAUUGUACCAAGGUCAAUUUACUGAUUUUAAUAUGGCACUACAGUUAUAUAAGACGUCACCACUGAGCUGGGUGAAGGAUACAUAAGACUUUCUGCGUUACUUUUUGCAGCAACUUCCUAUCAGUCCAUAUGAUUUUGAAAUAACAAGGAGAGGAAUGCUGUCCCUCCUCUGUGGGCUGCAUCCGCACAUCACCUAAUGUCAACAUGUGCAUUGUUGUUUUUGCACAAAGACUGGUUUAUUAUUUUGUGGAGAUAAACACUUAAGAAGAUUAUUUAUCAAGCUGUGGACCCCUAAGGGACAGAAAGUAGCAUUCUAAGGGUUAAAAUACAGCACUGUGGUCAGGAGUCUGGUCAGCAUUUGAAGUGAAUCUCAAAUCAUUCCACUAGUAGAAAGGCCUUAGGCAACAGUCUUAACCUCUUAGAGCCUGUUUUUUUUGGGUGAAAAGCAAAGAUAAUAAGAACAUGAUACUCUUCUCAUACAGCUUAUGAGGGGACUGUGUGAAGUAAUUCAGGUAAAGAACUUAGCACCCUGCAAGUGCUCAACAAUUAUUUAUUUGUCUUAUCUCUCUUCUCAUCUUUCCCACAUUUUUCCUCUUAUCAUCAUCAUUCUACUGAGUUGUAUUGUCUCUCAAAACAGUAUGUUCAAGUUCCAGCCCCCGGCACCUAUGGGUCUGACUUUGCUGGGAAACAGGGACUUUGCCGAUGUAAUCAAACAAGAUGAGGUCGUGCUGGAUUAGAAUAUGACUGGCUGGUGCCUUUAUAAGAGAAAGGAGAAGGAGACGGGGACAAGGGAAGGUGCACAGGAAAAAUCACUCGCAGUUAUGAAAGAGACCUCUCCCUUCCACCACGGGAGGACGCAGCAUGAAGGAGCCACCUGCGGACCAGAAAGUGAGCCCUCAUGUUCUCAGAGUCCAUCUAUACAGACUCUUCCUGAGGAAACUGACAUCCAUGAAAGUGAAAGCAAGUUUAUCAAGACUGUGAGAUCAUAUAUUCAGAAAACGGCUUCAGAGACAAGCACAUCCAGCUCACAUCAAAUCCUACUCUCAGAAGUAGCAGGAAGAUACUCUUGGGCCAAAGGGAAGGAAGAACCAUUUCAUGUGGAUGCUGUCACGUUUACCUUUCUCCAAGAAGAGGAAGGCCGAGGAAACCAAAAUUUCUAUGCGAGGCAGGUUGCCUCUUUCAACUUCAGGAGUGGAAGACUAAAAUCCGUAUACCCUACAAAUAAAAUCCAUAUGAGAUGCCUGGCAGCUGGUGUUCCAGAUCUCAUCCAACACCACCGGUCUCAUGGGAUUACAGGAGAGAAGAGUUUGGAAAUGGCGUUAAGUGAAGAGAAGAGAGAUUGAAUGUGUUCACAAAUCCUGCCUGAACAGGUGUGGCUCUGAAAGGAAAGGAGGCGGGAUCUGGGUGUGGAUAAGGUGGUGUGACCCUGGGGCCAGACGUUGCAAGCUGUUUUCUGAUGGGCCGGUUCUGAAGGGCCUCUCCGGAAGGCAUCCUGGGGGAAUACUGGGGAGCUACUCCUCUAGCCCUCACAGCAAUUUAGCUUGAAUCAAAUUUAUGUUAAGUUCUUUUUAUUAACCAAAAAUAGUGACAGAUUUUGCAGUGGAAG